UGAGAGUCCGUUACUGGAGGGCCACCCUUCUCACCCUCUGAGUUUCCACCCUCCCACUUCAGGCCAGGGGCGCACAACUUAACUUUCACUCGAGACGAGUAGAGAGACGGUGUCUUGGAGCAUGCCUGCUAACCCUUCAAUUCCAUGCAGAUAGCCUACUUCCUGUAGGCACCAAUUCCAACCCGAAAGAGAGAGAACAAAAUUGGAAGGCAGACUCACACUGUUCUAAAUACGGCGUUCUGAGAAGCACUAAAUUGGUUGCAACGCAAGCCUCGUCGUCUACAAUUUGUAAUCCCAGUAAUUCCGUGUGAGCUGGGAGGCAGUUUUGUGCAAAAGGAGAAAAGCGCUUUGGGGCUCAAGUCGAGCCGUGCGUAAAACACUGAAAAUCCAUGGUACGGAGGAAAUACAAUUGACUCUUAUCAUCGUUUCUGUGUGUGCAUGAAAGUUAUAUCAGAAAUCAACAGUCGAGUUUGGAAUCGACCGUGCUGAUAUUCCAGUGGUUUCAUGUAUUGGAAAAAUGAGAUUCUGGUCCCUCUGUCAGAGGGGAACCAGUUUCUAUCCGAAGGAAUUCCCCCAAAACAGCUGGCACACUGCUAUGUCUGACGGGUUUAUCUGGAGAUGGCACGCCGAGAGCUGACGAAGACUUGCCGCUGAAUCUUGUCUUGUAGGUGAUUUUACCCGAUUCUCAGAACACACCGGGUGCUUCGCGCUGUGUGGACACCGAGCACGAACUAAUGUCUCACUCCGACGGAGAAUCCCACCGAUCCAUAAUGGAAAGGGAGGACACACGCUCCUCACCAAGCCCCCCGUCAACCCCGUCCAUCUGCUCACCCACGUCCACCGUUUCGUCCGUGCCUUCCACUGGGAAGAACGUGUGCGCAAGCUGCGGUUUGGAGAUACUGGACAGAUAUCUUCUCAAGGUGAAUAAUUUGAUCUGGCAUUUGCGGUGUCUGGAGUGUUCUGUGUGCAGGACGUCGUUGCGGCAGCAUAACAGCUGCUACAUCAAAAACAAAGAGAUCUUCUGUAAAAUGGAUUAUUUCAGUAGGUUUGGUACAAAGUGUGCUCGCUGUGGACGCCAGAUUUAUGCCAGUGACUGGGUCCGCCGAGCCCGGGGCAACGCCUACCACUUGGCCUGCUUUGCCUGCUUCUCCUGCAAACGCCAGCUGUCCACGGGGGAAGAGUUCGGCCUGGUGGAAGAGAAGGUGCUCUGCAGGAUCCACUAUGACACCAUGGUGGAGAAUCUCAAACGAGCCGCAGAGAGCGGGAGUGGGAUCACCCUGGAGGGGGCUGUGCCUUCAGAACAAGACAGCCAGCCCAAACCUGCCAAGAGGGCUCGUACCUCCUUCACGGCAGAGCAGCUACAGAUCAUGCAGGCCCAGUUUGCCCAGGACAACAACCCUGAUGCCCAGACACUGCAGAAGCUGGCCGACAUGACGGGGCUGAGCAGGAGGGUCAUACAGGUGUGGUUUCAAAACUGCAGAGCAAGACACAAAAAGCAUACCCCCCAGCAUAGCGGGCCCCCUCAGGGACACCCCCAGUCCCGGAUGCCUCCCUCCCUCCCAGACGACCUGCAUUACUCUCCCUUUGGCAGUCCUGAGAGGGCCCGCAUGGUAGCCCUACACGGUUACUUAGACAGCCACCCCUUCUCCAUGCUCACCACACAGAGUCUCCCUCACCAGGCCAUGUCGAUGCCCCAGCUUCCUCUGAGCCGCUAGCUGCGCCGCUACCCCUGACCCCUGACCUCCGACCUUCCAACACACACCUCCUCCCCCUAACGCAACCCCUCUCCAGCCCCCUCUGCUCCCACCACCGGGGAGCAAACCUGACUUAACAAGGAGAGGAGACACACCCUACUUCUGAACCCUAACCUCUAUGGAGAGAGACAAAAAGGAAAAGAGAAAGAGACAGGCCACGAGAGAUAAAAAUACUGUAUCAACAAGCCUUUUCUAUGGACAGAAGAAUCUCACCUGCAACCAGUCUGUCUGCCAUGGAUGCCUGUCCCUUUAGGGACGCCUGACGCCUUGGCGUCCGACAGCCCUGGCCUCUGAACACCUUAACCAAGACCAGGAGCUCUCUCUGUUGGACUCUAUUACUCCGUCCUCACCCUGGUCCAUCAUCUCCCUUGGAGGGAGAUGGGGCCCAGCCAGCAGGAUUACAACUGUGAGUUUGUCUGCAGAUCAGAGAUGAGGACAGGAUGAGAAAGAGGCUGCAGAUGUGAGAUGUGUUUUGGGAGCAUGGAGGUAAGACCCUGCCUCAUUUCUCUCUAUGAAAUAUAAACCACAGAAGGAACUUAAAACACAACUCUGAUAGGAUGUCCAUUAUGAAGAAUAUGACUACAGAACACACAGAGCUCACAGCAAAAACAUUACGAUCACUGAAUACUAAAUAAGAAUAGAUUGUGUGCCUUUUUUAUUAUUGGUCUGGAUUAUCAAAUCAAAAUACAUUCGUUUUAAUUGGAUAGUGAAUUAAUUUUCUAGCUGCAAGCUAAUAUAACAUGCACAUUGCCAGCAGGUACAAAUUUAAUUAAGUUUGUAAUUUAAAAAUACUUUUUUCAUUUUGGAAAUGUCCAAAUAAUUCUGUAUGGAUUUUAGUGGAAUUUCUGCUCGUCAAAUGGACUUUGUUGUAAUUAUACAAUAUAUAUCCAAAAGAUUUUUUUGUGCAAUUUAUUAAUACCCUUCAUAAGUAGUACCCACAUUAAUAGCACAGUUGUAAACUUAAACGUGCUAUAAACAUUUAACACUGAAACGUGCUAUACAAAAUUAUUUUUUAAAAUUUUGUGUUAAUUAACACAUUAACACAAAAUUAACACACAUCGUUUUUUAAUGAUGGAUAUCAUUGUGGACAGUAAAUUAAAUAUGCUUCAGCCCUUUCUGAAUUAUCACACAACUAGGCUUGUAGAUUCCUUAAGAAGAACACAUUGAAGAAUGAAAGAAAUUAGACAAGAAAGCGAGGGAGGGAAGAUGGAAGUGUGUGUCCACAUGGAAAAUCAGCAAUCUUCCUCCUUCAGUUACAGAAAGAGAAAUGCAGACAGUUACAUGUCAUAUUUACAUGUAAAACCUUGCUUAUUUUUUAAAACAGGUGGAUUGUCGAUAAUUUAUGAUUUGGGUCUGUGCAGGAUGAUCUUAGUUUGUGUUUUUUGUCUGUAAGCUUGUCCAGUCAGUGUGCUUCACUUAUAGGGGAGGAAGGGGUACACACAACGGACAGGGGAUGUAAAUAGAUGUGUGUGUGUGUGUGUGUGGCCAGUCUGACAGAGUGUGUAUGUGUGUAUGUGGUGUCUUGGCUGUCCAGUGAGGACUAUGAUCCUGUGUUUACAAGAGGAGAUCAGACCUCCAUCAUGUUCCUAUAUUUAUUAUUACUGAGACAAUAGCCUGUAAGCACUUUUUUGUUCUCUGAAAUUGUCUUAUUGUUUUAUUAAAAACGUAAACAUGGAAAACAAAAGUUUAUUUGAUUGACUGUACAUCAUAAAUGUUUUGUGUACUCAAUGCAAUAAAAUAAACUUUAAAAUGUGACCUUUG